UACCUAUUAAUACCUCAUCUUGUCGUCUCGUAUCAUCUCAUCUCAUCACAUCAGCACACAUCACACGCGCCGAUUCCGAAGAAAUCAAUCAACCAACUACUAGGCGAAAGCAAGAGCGGAUCGGGUGCUGCAUUUCGCGGUCGUUUUCUUCCUCUGAAUUCUGGUGUUUGCGGUUGCGGCAAUGGCGUUGGUGGCGGCAGCGGCGGCGAAUCCGAAGCAGAAACAGAAGCAGCAGAAGGCGUCGAUCGGGAGGCGGGCGUGGCGGCUGCUGCGCCUGGCGGUGCUCUGGGCGAGGAAGGGCAGCGCGGUGCACAGCCUCCGCCUGCUCAGCAACCUGCGGCGCGCCGGCGUGGGCCUCGGCGUCGUCGGCCGAGGCGACCGCCUGGGGUACGGCGAGCGGGAGUACUCGAUCGAGGAGACGCCGGCGUUCCGGUUCCGCACGCCGUCGGCGCGGGUGCUCCGCCUAAUCCCCUGCAUCGCCCCCGCCGUCCCGGACACGCCCGGGCUCUACGGCGACGAGGACCGCUACUUCUUCGCCCGCCGCGACACGGAGCCCGAGUGCGGCGGCGGCGUCGGGUAUUACGACUACAAUGGCGAGCCGGGCGAGUGCGGCGGCGUGGACGACGAGAGCUUCCGCGACGGCGCGAUGGAGGAGCAGCUCCUCGAGCUGUCCAUGCUGGAGGCGAGCGCCGCCGCCGUGACGGAGGACGCCGGCGUGGACGCCAAGGCGGAGGAGUUCAUCGCCAAAUUCCACGCGCAGAUGAAGCUACAGAGGCAAAUCUCAUGGCUGCAGUACAACGAGAUGAUGGAGAGGAGCCUCCGCUAGAUGAUUAUUCCUACCCAAUAAGAUCCAUUUUUUGCGUUUUGUUUCACCGAUUCAAAUUCAUACACCAGCUAAAAAUACAGAGAUAUUGAGGAGUAGCUUCGUAUACGUACAGUACAGAUCAAUACAUUUUUAAAUUUAUUUUUCUUCCUUGAGCAUUGAUAUUGGUUUGGUUCAUUGGUUGCGAAUUGAUAUCUGUACAUUUUGUGCAUUGAGAAUAAACGAGCAGAGCAGAAAUUUCAGAUUCA